AGAGCCAUGAUCCAUUCGACAGUAACCGACGGUUAUAGCUUGUUACUGACACUCGUCAGAAAACCGUCACCUUCAUCAAAAGGAAUAGACACAUCUUUGUUGGACGUUUAACUAGACAGUUGUAUGUACACCAUAGGGACCUAUUGAAUAUAACGGACAACCAACCAUAGCGUAAAUAUUAGACCAGCGAUGUCGUACAGGGUGGAGACUGUGUUGAAGAAUGUGGCGACCAAGUGUGGGGAGGGGCCUCACUGGGAGGACUCGACACAAACGUUGUUGUUUGUCGAUCUCGACAACGGCAAAAUCUUCAGAUACAACCCCGUCACCGGCACCAACGACAUGAUCCAGCUCAAUGGGUGUGUAGGGUUCGUCGUGCCCCGCAGUAAAGGGGGUCUUAUGGUGGGACUGGAUCGCACCUUCUCAGCUCUAGACUGGAACACCAAGACCGUCACCAAGAUGGCGGAAGUGGACCCCGGAAAAAGCAACAACAGGAUGAAUGAUGGGAAAUGUGACGCUAAAGGACGUCUAUGGGCAGGUACAAUGAGCAAGUCGCUGGAGGACGACCAGGGCAACUUGUACUGUCUGGACACGGACGGUUCAGUGACCAAGAAGGUCGAGCGAACGUGCAUCUCGAACGGACUGGCGUGGUCGGUCGACAACACCACCAUGUACUUUGUCGACACGACGCCACGUAAAGUGUACGCUUACAACUACGACAUCAACACUGGAAAUAUAUCCAAUAAGAGAGUAGCUGUAGACUUUGACAAAGUCCCGGAAUUUAAAGGGCAUGUACCAAGCCCUGACGGAAUGACGGUGGACACGGAUGACAACAUAUGGGUAGCAUGCUUGGGUGGUGGCUGCAUGGUCAAGUUCGAUUCCAGAACAGGAGCAGCGCUUCAAAAGGUUUCCCUGCCUAACGCUACCCAGAUCACGUCAGCGGCGUGGGGAGGGAGGAACCUGGAUGAGUUGUACGUGACCAGUUUGAGGAAGGAGAUUCCAGACAGCGAGCUCCUGACCACCAACUCACUGGCAGGGUCGCUGUUCAGAGUUACCGGUCUUGGUGUUAAAGGCCUCCCAGCUUAUGUCUACCAAGGCUGAUGAAUUUCUGCCUCGUCGCUUGAUGGGUUUUAGUUGAUCAACACUGUUGAGUUAAAUCGGCCGAAACUACGUAAAUCAAAUACAUGGUUCAAGUUCCUAAUGGCUCGCAUAUUUCGACCCCUGUCCUAAAUUCUAUCAAUUAAAUCAUCUGAAUAGAAACUUUAAUGCAAAAUUAAAGGAGGGGGGGGGGGGGGG